AUGACCCUUUGUUCUAGAUUCUCUGAACGUGGAAGGUUUGGACCAUUGUUGCUGGAGAGCACCCAUGACGAAGAGGAGUUUUGCCUGGAGAGGGAGGUGGAGGGUGCAAAGGGUGGGCAAAACCGAUUUUAUUUUUCGAGGAGCUUUCAUGGAGGAAAGCAAAACAAGGUGAAAGUGAGGGAAGAGAAAGAAGAAGAUGAUGAGUUCUUUGUACCAGAGGAUGAAUCUUUUGUACAAGAGGUGACGUGUUCCUUGCCUUUGUUCAGGAUUUUAGAAUCUGUCUCUUUACAAGAACAUUCUUCUGUACCCGGAGUUUCUUCAGUGAUCCAUUCAGGGAAGGAAUCUCAAAAUGAUUCCUCACCGUCAGUUGCAAGAAUCCCAGAUGAGGCAACAACUUCAAUUUCUAUAUCUAAAGGAGUGAAGAACUGUAAAGAAAUUGUUGAAGAUAUCAGAAUCAGAGCUAGUUCAAUUCCACGUCCUCGUGCCGUCAUAUCUAGUCCUGAUAACGAUUGGAUGAUUGGAAGUAGAAACAGGCUGCCAAGGGAGAGAUCUUCAAAUCUGAAAAAGAAUAAUUUGGGCCAAAAGUCACCAAACCAAGUUAAGGAUAAGUGCAUUAGAGCAUCAGGUCAAUCCAGUGACCAUAAGAGUUGCCUUAAUGAAACGAAAGCUCCAGAGCUAAAAGUUCCAAAGCAGAAAACAUUUCUUCGAAAAGGGAAGCCAGGCUCAAUGGUAGUUUAAAUGUUUGCUAACUUGAAGCGAACCAGCUUCUCAACAAAAUUAUGCCCGGAUUGCACACUGAUUUCAAUGGCAAUAUUUUGCUCUUUAUUUUU